AUGACAGUCAACGUCAAAGUAUUAUUUUUGUGAUUGUGAAGAUAAAAUUUCAACUAUUCCGUUGUAUUAUUUAUCUCCUAAAUUUAGGAUCAAAUUAAAAUGUCCUGCCGCAACGCUUCUCACGCUGGAAGCUGGUAUACGGAGAAUGGUAACGAGCUGUCCCGACAGCUGGACCUCUGGCUGUCCAAAGCGGACCUCAGCCAUGGACCCGCGCGGGCCAUUAUCGCCCCUCACGCGGGCUACUCGUACUGCGGUGCUUGCGCCGCCUUCGCGUACCGACAAGUCAGCCCUGUUGUUGUCAAACGUAUAUUCAUCCUGGGCCCCUCGCACCACGUGAGGCUGGGGGGCUGCGCGCUGUCGUCUCUCGACAAGUACCAAACACCUCUCUAUGACCUCACCAUAGACAAACAGAUUUACGUGGAGCUGGAGGCGACGCGGCAGUUCGAGUGGAUGGACGUGCAGACCGACGAAGACGAGCAUUCUAUAGAAAUGCACCUGCCGUAUAUAGCCAAGGUCAUGGAAGAAUACAAAACCGGUUUCACGAUCAUACCAAUACUCGUAGGAUCGUUAACGCCUGAAAAAGAAGCCAAAUAUGGCGCAAUUUUAGCCCCCUACCUCGCGGACCCUCAGAACCUGUUCGUGAUAUCAUCAGACUUCUGUCACUGGGGCUCCCGGUUCCGCUACACCUGGCGGGACUCCUCCCGCGGACAGCUCUACCAGAGCAUCGAGUGGCUCGACAAACAGGGUAUGGACAUCAUAGAGACGAUGGACCCCCGCUCGUUCACGGAGUACCUCAACAAAUAUGGCAACACCAUAUGCGGACGCCAUCCCAUAGGAGUCUUGCUACAGGCCGUAUCGAAGCUGGCCAACUCCUCGAAUGCGCCAAAGAUGUCGCUAAAGUUCCUGAAGUACGCGCAGUCUUCGCAGUGCAUGACGCCGCAGGACUCCUCCGUCUCGUACGCCAGCGCGUCGCUCGUCUUCGAGUAGGUACACGGGUAUAGUGGGGUACACGCGUGUAGGGUACACGGGGUAGUACGCGCAGUUCACGCAGUGCAUGCCGCUGCAUGACUCCUCCGUCGCGUACGCCAGCGCGUCGCUCGUCUUCGAGUAGGUACACGGGUUUAGUGGGGUACAUGCGUAUAGGGUACACGGGGUAGUACGCGCAGGCCAUGCAGUGCAUUACGCUGCAGGAUUCCUCCGUCUCGUCGCCAGCGCGUCGCUCGUCUUCGAAUGGGUACACGGGUAUAGUGGGGUAAAUUACACGGGUAUGUCGGGGUACAUGUGUAUCCGUACACGGGAAGUUUAAGGCUCUUGUCUACUUGUCACAGUUUUAUUAUUAGUAAAUCUUACUGCAAGGAGAUAGUCUUAUUUAAGUCGGGUAAUAUUACGAAAUACGCACAAACCUAGCAGUGCAUGACGCCUCAGGACCUGGACGUCUCGUACGCCAGAGCGUCUCUUCGAGUAGACGGUUCAUUGGGGUACACGCAGAGUUGUGCCGUUCUCGAGAACGUUUUCCAUUUUGUAUGGGAAUUUUCUCGAGAACAUGUCCCAUAGUAAACGGAGAACGUUCUUACGCACAACUCUAGGUACACGGGUUUAUCGAGGUACACGGGUAUUUCAUUGCGUAAUCAUAAACGCGAUACAAGCUUCAAUUACCGAUUGACCGUGUUUGUCUUAAUCUGUCUUAAUGUAUUUGUAAGAAAAGGAUAAAACAUAAAUUAACCCUUUACCGCAUACGAAGCAAUAUAUGGCGGAUAUGAUAUUCAACUCUAUUGACAGCUAUUAAAGUUCAAAUUUAAACAAAUAAUUUUUAUUACAUGCGGUAAGGGGUUAACUAAUUGAGGCUUGUGAAGUUUUAUGCAGAAUGGGGUUAGUGUGUAAGUGUACUUUAAAUACUCAGACGUCGCGUCACUCUCCCAACAUACACGUAAAGCCUGACCAUGAAUAUAUGAUCACGCGCCAUGUUGCGGAAUUUCACUGGAACUAUUUUUUUCAUUAUAUACCGAACUGUCACCCUAUACAUGAGAAUAACAGCACAGAAUAAGUAAUAGUACUACCGUACAGACCGUACCGUACAGGGGCGGGAAGCGAGCCCGCAAACGCCCUGUACACACCUGGAGGCGCAGCGUAGAGAACGAGCUGACAGCCGUAGGACUGAGCUGGAACGAGGCCAAGACGGUUGCUCUAGACAGGAAGGCGUGGAAGGAUCUUGUGGAGGCCCUAUGCACCUCCGGGGUGCCCUAGGACAGUCAACAACAACUACCGUACAGAAAAGACACUUUCUACAAAAUCGAAGUUUGACAGCGGUUCAGGGUCGAAUCAUGAUAUCCCUUUCUAACUUGGCAUUAUCCCUUUCGGCUUUUAGGGUUGUCAAAAUUCAAGUAAUUGUCUUAUUUGUGACCACAAAUUGUGUGCACGACCGGGCAUGCAAAAGGACGUCAAGUUGUGUCAGCCCUAAUAAUUGCUUGGAGCAAUGCUGACCCGAACGAAGCCGAGUUUGCCCGAAGUCAGGAGUGUCUCCCCACUGAUAACAGCGGCCUCU